AAAUACGUUUCAGGAAUGUCAUUUGAGCAACCAUUUCCGACAUUAUCUUUUGGUCCUUAUAGGACAUAUAUAACCAUGUCUGUCAAGAAAACUGUUGCUCUCGACAACGGCGACGAAGCUGUUAAGAGCUACGUUACUGGUAGUAACAAAAAGCGCAGAAGCUUUAACCGAUGUUUCUCCUUCAUGGAGGUUUCAAUGGAACCGGUGUCAUCAUUAAACGACCUUGAUUCUAACAAGUUCAAGGCUGAGAUCAAGAGAUGGGCUAAGGCUGUUGUGGCAUAUGCUCGUCAAGUUAGUGAUCGUUUUGGGAGCUCCAGGAAGAGUGAUCGAUAUGGGAGCUCUAGAAGCUCAUCUCAUGCAUAGCUAUAGCUAGUUUUGAAGGACUUGACGUUGGUGUUAUUGAUUGUUGUAGAUUGAGAUGUUGAGGGUUUUUUCCUGGUUGGAAUUCAUUCUAUUUAAGGCUGAAAAUUGUACAUCUGAGUCCUGAGAUGAUGAGAGCUGGCUGAUGACAUCGAAGCAAAGAUGGGAACAAAUCUAUUAGUGAUCUAAAGUUCAACUGGGUGGGAUAACUUCUAGAAAAGGUCAAAUUUCAAAGGAGAUGAACAGCUUCGGACAUGUUUGCCUUUGUAUAUAGUUUUUGUUUGACAGGAAUUGCUGUCUUUGACUCCUCCAAAUCUGCAUUCUUACGUAUAUUCUUUUGAUUGUUAAUUUUUUAUUAUUUUACUGGAAGCAUUUUGUUUGUUUUGUUAGAAUUCAUUGAGAAAUGAUGUACCCAAAAAAUAAUAAUACAUAAUGGAGAUAUUCAGCGAA